GAACAUUUUCUUCCGUAAAAUGAUUUAACAAAAAUUUCAAGUGUUUUUAGUACAAGUGGCGAACUCUACAAAUACCUAGACCAUGAUGAAUGAAUACAAAGUUUCUCUCAUCUACAACCUUCACAAAAACUAGAAGAGCGUGUAUCUAUGCCCUCUCAACAUCAACACAUCACAAACAUUGACAUUGAUGGUCCUGAGGAUGAACAAACCAAUGCUAAUGCUUAUGCAACAAAUAUUUUGAAUGAGACUAUUGAUACCCUAACUCCUAGUUCUCAAGAAGAGGUAGAACCUCACCAAACCAAUGAGGUGUUCAACUCGAAACAAUCAUUUUCCACUUCUCAACAGCCUCAUGAAGGUGAAUUAAGACAAGAUGGCAUGACUUCUAGCUCAAGUUGUGAACGGAUCCCACCUUUGCCACACAAUGCUACAUCAACUUCCACUCAUCCUAUGAUAACAGGAUCUCGAGUAGGGAAGCAUAUUGGUCAUGUCAAAAUUGAUUUUUCAAAACAUGCUUACACCAUGACCAUUGAUAUUUCUUCUUUCUCUAAUGCAGAUUUAGACACUAACAAGCCCAAAACUGUGAGACAGGCUUUACAACUUCCACAAUGGGUUAAUGCAAUGCAAGAAAAGCUUGAGGCACUUCAUAAGAAUAACACUUGGACACUAGUUCCUCCACCUUCAUCCAAGGCAAACAUUGUGGGCUCAAAAUGGAUUUUUAAGACAAAUCUCAAGCCAAAUGGGAUUGUGGAUAGAUUUAAGGCACGAUUAGUUGCAAAAGGGUUCUCUCAGAUACCUAGUGUAGAUUUUGAUGAAACUUUCAUCCCUGUUCUUAAAUCAACCACCCUGCGUCUAAUUAUUGCCAUUGCUACAACUUUAUCAUGGCAUUUACGCCAACUCGAUGUAAAGAAUGCCUUCCUUCAUGGCAAGCUCAAAGAAGUAGUCUACAUGACACAACCACCUGGAUUCAAGGACCCAAGUCACCCCGAAGUCGAGUCCUUCCUAUUUGUACUCCAUAAGGAUCAUCACACUGCUUUACUACUUCUCUAUGUGAAUGAUAUUGUGCUUAUUGCAAGCUCUACAACACUACUACAACACAUUAUUGAGAAUCUUAGUGAGAAAUUUGCCCUUAAGGAUCUUGGUUCCCUUAGUUACUUCUUAGGGAUUGAAGUUCAAAAGUUCUUUGGUGGCAUAUUUUUAUCCCAAAGUAAGUAUGCAAAUGAUGUCCUUACACGAGCCUCCAUGCUUGAGGCUUCUACAAUCACUACGCCAAUGGCUAUCAAGGAGACUACGACCUUACGAGAUGAAGAACUGGUUGAUCCACAAAAGUAUAGAAGGAUUGUGGGUGCACUUUAGUAUCUAACUAUUACAAGAGUAGAUAUUGCCCAAUAAACUAUGUCAGUUUAU